CUGUCGCAAUACAGUAAGUCCACGUACUUCCAUGAGCUGGAGACGUAACAUGUAUAAACUGCCCACCGACCGGGUCUGCUAUUUAACAGGUGUAGCAGCAAGUGCAGAAGGGUCGGUUUUAGACAGAUCUAUCCCGGGACUAUGCGCUCAAUAUGGGGUUUAAUCGCCUUGGUGGCCGCAGCAACUUUUUACUUAUAUCUGCUGUCUGCCUUCCUGCCGCCGGGUCCGCGUGCUAUUCGAGUUCACGACACGGGACCAGAACACACAGACGAUGAGGCGGAGGAGAAAGUGCUCAGGUUGAAGUUCCCAUCUGAUCUGGAGGAAUUGAGAGAACUAGCCGAACUUCUGAAGUUCUACAAGACAGAACACACAGGCUAUGUGUUCAUCCUCUUCUGCAGUGCCUACCUCUACAAACAGUCCUUCGCCAUUCCAGGCUCAUCCUUUCUGAACAUGCUGUCAGGGGCUUUGUUCGGGCCAUUGCAUGGACUCAUCAUUGCCUGCACUUUGACUACAGUGGGUUCCACCAACUGCUACCUGCUGUCUCGCACGUUUGGCAAACGUCACAUUGUUAGGCUCUUCCCUGAGAAGGUGGCAAUUCUGCAGAGAAUGGUGGAAGAGAACAGGAGCAGUUUGUUUUUCUUCUUGCUCUUUCUGCGCUUCUUUCCCAUGACACCCAACUGGUUCUUAAACGUCACUUCUCCAAUCCUCAACAUCCCCAUCCCCAUAUUCUUCUUUUCCAUCCUCAUUGGUUUAAUCCCUUACAACUUCAUCUGUGUCCAUACGGGUGCCAUCUUGUCAGAGAUCAACUCUCUGGAUGACAUCUUUUCAUGGUCCACCCUGCUGCAGCUGCUGCUGAUCGCGUGUGUGGCGCUGCUUCCUGGAGCUCUGAUCCGACACUACAGUCAAGACCACCUUAAACUCCAUGGCCUAGAGCCCAACGGACACCAGAACAUCCUGAAUGACCGCAAGACUAGAUGACCCAAGGACAGACUGAAUAGGACACUGUGUCUGUUGAAAAAAGACUGAUCAUUGGCCUAGGGUCAAAGCCUUACAACGGAGAGUGGAAUUAAAAUGGACGUAAAUACUAAUUAUUAGUUAUCAGAUGCUAAAGUGCCAAAGAAGAGAUUGUUAAUGUCUUAAUGGAGGAUACACUCCAACUGCUGACUUAUUACAUACAGUAUACAUCACUGGAAAUUGCCUAAUUUUAUAGAAAAAAAAUUCAAGACAGCUUACAGUUUUGAAGAGCUUUAAGUUUUUUAUUGAAGAAAACAAGAUUUAGUUAUGUUUGUUUUUAUGCUAAGGCUUUAUUUAUUUGUAGCAUCUGUAAAUACCUAUAAAUUUCAUGUGUUUUGUAUAGUUUACACAAUUAACAAAUGUGAACUAAUAUUUUCCCCUAAACAUUUACAGUUUUUUUUACAAUGGCUAUGACAGUUUUUUCAAUACAUUUAACAAUUUUGCUAAACUCUUAACGCACCAACACACUUAAAACACACAAUUGUCAAAACAGUUAAUUUCAUGCUCAAAAUCACACAUUGUACACUAAACCCUAAAACUAAUAUUCAAAAUACAAUAAUAAACUAACACAAUACACCAUGUCUAACAAAACAAUGCAAACAUGUUUCAAAAGCAAAUUAUUAACCUAAACACUAACACGUGUUCUCUUCCAACAGGAACAUUUAGUCAAUCAGAACACAUUGACAAUAAAAACACUAUCAUCUAUCAUCAACAGAAACUGCAUUAUUUUAUGUGUCAGCUCUGCCCUUAUAUUUUGUUUUGUUGGGUUUAGUAAAUGCAUAUUUUUUUUCUAUAUAUUGAAUAUAAUUAUAUAAAUUAUAUUUUGUUUCAAAUUCAAUACAAAAAAUUAGCAACCAUCUCAUAGUAGCUUUAUAAAAUGUAAAUGUUUAUGUAAAAAAAAUUAAAUAAAUACAGACACAGAAUUGCUGCAGUACAGACUCUAUUUGCAAAAGGACAUUACUGCGAGAUAUACAAACAGAAAAAGCACCGCAAUUAUAAUAAAAAACAAAGUAAUUUUCUAUUAUGCCCUGGCUUCUGCAUUUGCCUGGCUUCUUCUUCUCUGGCCCGGCACAGUAACUGUGGCCCUUUGGCCUAAUAUAUUUCUCCUACAGCGACGCCUUUUCACCAAGUUGAAGCCAGCCUCGUCAACAUAGAUAAUUUCAUGUGGGACUUCAUUGACCUCCAACUCCAUGACUCUCUGAAAGUAAUUAGACACAGUGUAUGUAAAUGCUGUACUGUACUGUAUAUCUACUGUAUGUACUAAUGAACUUCAAGUUUAUAGUUUACUGCAAAACACACUGUAUAUAGUACAGUAAUGACUGUAUUGCAUAACCUUACCAAGACGUAUUGGUGUUGGAGUUCUUUGAUGCACUCACUGUUCCUUUCAAAAACCUCGAGUCCUCUUUUAGAACAUACAGUAUGAUCAUGUGAUUGGAAAAACCUCAACACAUGAGUGUGUUUUCUAGCUGGGAAUGAGCUGUGAUAGAUAUAUAUCCAUUUAUAUUUACAUGUGAACACCUUGGUUUAACCGCUUAAAAAAAGUCAAAGAGUUCAUUUGUAGAUAAUAUCUCCCUAUUCUGACUUGUUUUUUUUUUUUCAGAAUUGCUACUUUGCUUUUUUUUGGCAAAAUAAGAAGCUGCAAAACUGUGAAAUGUAAAAUCUGAAUUUUGAGAAAGUCAGAACUGCAAUAAGACAUAAUUCUGAGCUUUUCAUUUUAAAAUUGUGAAGCAAAAAUUUCCAAUUACUACAAUUGUAAAAAACAGGCUUGAUAAUUAUAGUCCUGCUGUACAUAUCACUAGAGCCCCAGUGCACUUAAAGCUUUUAAAAAGCUUUAAAUAUUUAAAAUAUAAAAUAUUUUAUAAGUGAUUUUUACAGACCUUACCCACACAUUUUCCGUAGGCAACAUGAUGUUCAUUCAUUUGCAGUUUGUUUGUGAGGCUUAUUUGACAUCCUUUGAAAAAAAAAUGUAAUGUGCAAUUCUAAGAACUGCAUGAACAGGUGCUACGUGAUUAAUAAGCACAGAACCUCUGUUAGGGCCUUGUGCUUUUUAAAGUUAGCUAAAGCUGGAAAAAUAAAUAUGUCUUAAUGCAUA